AUGACUCUCAUCGUUGCCUACACCCACCCCUUCUCCCGCGGCUCCAUUCAUAUCACAUCACCCGAUCCCCGAGUUCCCCCAGCUAUUCAGCCCGACUAUCUGUCCAAUUCUGCCGACUUGGAUAUACUCUCAAGGGCGGUUGAUUUUACACUUCGGCUUUAUGAAACUCCACCGCUCAAGGACAUAAUCAUAGCGCCCGUGGCACCACCAUUCUCGAAGUCGGACAGUGAUUCUGAGAAACUGAACAAGUUUUCUUGCGAGGUGAUAUCAACAGUGCAUCACCCCGUGGGGACGGCUUCUAUGCUACCGAGGGAAGACGGCGGAGUAGUGGAUCACGACCUCCUGGUCUAUGGAACUGCUAACCUGCGUGUCAUCGAUUGCUCCAUCAUGCCAUUGCUCAUCUCGUGCAAUAUUGUUACGCUCGCAUAUGCUAUUGGAGAGAAGGGCUCUGAUAUUAUCAAGAAAGCUAACGGCGAUUGA